UUUUCUCUUCCCUCAGCACCCUCGCCUCCUUUUCUCCUCCUCCUCCGGCGCCGACGCUCGCGUAGGGCCCUGGCGUCAGACGCGCGGGGGCGGGGCGAGUGCGGCGGGGGGGAGAAGUAGAGGGUGCAGGAGGCGGUGCUUCCCCUUCUCCCCGGCGGUUAGUGCUGAGAGUGCGGAGUGUGUGCUCCGGGCUCGGAACACACAUUUAUUAUUAAAAAAUCCAAAAAAAAUCUAAAAAAAUCUUUUAAAAAACCCAAAAAAAAUUUACAAAAAAUCCGCGUCUCCCCCGCCGGAGACUUUUAUUUUUUUUCUUCCUCUUUUAUAAAAUAACCCGGUGAAGCAGCCGAGACCGACCCGCCCGCCCGCGGCCCCGCAGCAGCUCCAAGAAGGAACCAAGAGACCGAGGCCUUCCCGCCGCCCGGACCCGACACCGCCAGCCUCGCUCCCAGCCCGCAGCCCGCCGCCCGCGGCAGCUGAUCGACCCCGUUCUGCGGCCGUCGCGGCCUGUGGCCCUGCGGGCAGCCGUGCCGAGAUGAACCCCAGCGCCCCCAGCUACCCCAUGGCCUCGCUCUACGUGGGGGACCUACACCCCGACGUGACCGAGGCGAUGCUCUACGAGAAGUUCAGCCCGGCCGGGCCCAUCCUCUCCAUCCGGGUCUGCAGGGACAUGAUCACCCGCCGCUCCUUGGGCUACGCGUAUGUGAACUUCCAGCAGCCGGCGGACGCGGAGCGUGCUUUGGACACCAUGAAUUUUGAUGUUAUAAAGGGCAAGCCAGUACGCAUCAUGUGGUCUCAGCGCGAUCCAUCGCUUCGCAAAAGUGGAGUAGGCAACAUAUUCAUUAAAAAUUUGGACAAAUCCAUUGAUAAUAAAGCACUGUAUGAUACAUUUUCUGCUUUUGGUAACAUCCUUUCAUGUAAGGUGGUUUGUGAUGAAAAUGGUUCCAAGGGCUAUGGAUUUGUACAUUUUGAGACACAGGAAGCAGCCGAAAGAGCUAUUGAAAAAAUGAAUGGAAUGCUUCUAAAUGAUCGCAAAGUAUUUGUUGGACGAUUUAAAUCUCGUAAAGAACGAGAAGCAGAACUUGGAGCUAGGGCAAAAGAGUUCACCAAUGUUUACAUCAAGAAUUUUGGAGAAGACAUGGAUGAUGAGCGCCUUAAGGAUCUCUUUGGCAAGUUUGGACCUGCCUUAAGUGUGAAAGUAAUGACUGAUGAAAGUGGAAAAUCCAAAGGAUUUGGAUUUGUAAGCUUUGAAAGGCAUGAAGAUGCACAGAAAGCUGUGGAUGAAAUGAAUGGAAAGGAGCUCAACGGAAAACAAAUUUAUGUUGGUCGAGCUCAGAAAAAAGUGGAACGGCAGACGGAACUAAAGCGAAAAUUUGAACAGAUGAAGCAAGAUAGGAUCACCAGAUACCAGGGUGUUAACCUUUAUGUGAAAAACCUUGAUGAUGGUAUUGAUGAUGAACGUCUCCGGAAAGAGUUUUCUCCAUUUGGUACAAUCACUAGUGCAAAGGUUAUGAUGGAGGGUGGUCGCAGCAAAGGGUUUGGUUUUGUAUGUUUCUCCUCCCCAGAAGAAGCCACAAAAGCAGUUACAGAAAUGAAUGGUAGAAUUGUGGCCACCAAGCCACUGUAUGUAGCUUUAGCUCAGCGCAAAGAAGAGCGCCAGGCUCACCUCACUAACCAGUAUAUGCAGAGAAUGGCAAGUGUACGAGCUGUGCCCAACCCUGUAAUCAACCCCUACCAGCCAGCACCUCCUUCAGGUUACUUCAUGGCAGCUAUCCCACAGACUCAGAACCGUGCUGCAUACUAUCCUCCUAGCCAAAUUGCUCAACUAAGACCAAGUCCUCGCUGGACUGCUCAGGGUGCCAGACCUCAUCCAUUCCAAAAUAUGCCCGGUGCUAUCCGCCCAGCUGCUCCUAGACCACCAUUUAGUACUAUGAGACCAGCUUCUUCACAAGUUCCACGAGUCAUGUCAACACAGCGUGUUGCUAACACAUCAACACAGACAAUGGGUCCACGUCCUGCAGCUGCUGCUGCUGCAGCUACCCCUGCUGUCCGCACCGUUCCACAGUAUAAAUAUGCUGCGGGAGUCCGCAAUCCUCAGCAACAUCUUAAUGCACAGCCACAAGUUACCAUGCAACAGCCUGCUGUUCAUGUACAAGGUCAGGAACCUUUGACUGCUUCCAUGUUGGCAUCUGCCCCCCCUCAAGAGCAAAAGCAAAUGUUGGGUGAACGGCUGUUUCCUCUUAUUCAAGCCAUGCACCCUACUCUUGCUGGUAAAAUCACUGGCAUGUUAUUGGAGAUUGAUAAUUCAGAACUUCUUCAUAUGCUUGAGUCUCCAGAGUCUCUCCGUUCUAAGACACCCCACCAUGCCUGUGCUCUGCGCUCUGUGUCCGCCCUCCACAGUGCACUCCUGCAGAACUUGAGCUUCCCCUGGAGACUGGGUAAGCACUGGGACAACAUCUGGCACCUCCACUGUAGCCCCCACAGCCCAGGCACAGUGCCAGGUGCACAGAAGAAAUCUGCUCCAUGUGCCCCUUCUCCCAUCUUGGCUGAAGAUCAGGCCACCUUGCCUGGACAGCUGACUGCCAAGCCACCAGCUCAACCUUGUUCCUACAACUCCCUGACUAGAGAUGCGGAAAAGCUGGUUGUCCCCAAGUUCAUGUUUGUUUAUGGGAAUCAAAGUGUGAUCGCUGAAUGGUAA